CCGCCGCCGCCGCCGCUCCACCUCGCCGGGGUCGCUCUCCUGCCUCGCCCGCCGCCGCCGCCCCCGCCGCCGACGGAGCCCCUGCGCUGCCCCGAGACCCCCGACCCGCCCCCGGAGGGUUCAUGCAGCUGCAACCCCGCCGAGCGCCAUGGCCAGACCACUGCAGGACGGGAGCCGCGCCGAGCCGACAGCAGCUGUGUCCGGGAGCCCAGCCUGCCCUGUGGGGGGGGCGCUGGCCCUGCCGCCCCCCCUCUGCCGCGCACCCCUCGCCUCGCCCCCCCGGCUGAACGGCCUCUGCCGCUGCGGGAUCGGACACGAGACCUUGCGGAUGCGCUCCGGGGCCACGCGAGUUGCCAAGGAGACAGGAAACGGCCCCCUCCCGCCCCUCCUCGGCUUGCUGCUGCCCUCCCCGCCUGGCCGCCCUCAUCGCCGCUGCCUUCCUCCCGCAGGCGACCCGCCCGCCGCCGCCCCCCGCCCGGAGGAGCCCCCCGUCCAGCCCCGGAGCCCCGCGCCCGGCCUGGAGAGAGCCAUCGGGGCGCGCCUGCGAGUCCUGGGAGACCAGUUCCAGCGCGAGUACGCGCACAGGGAGCAGCGCCGGCCGCAGGGCGCCCUCUGGGGCCACGUCUCCCACUUCGUCUUCCAGCUGCUGGGCAUCUUGUACAACCUGCCGGCGGAGGGCCUGGCCGGCCUGCGCCCCAACUAGCCGCCUCCUCCGCCUCCUCGUGGUCCUCCUGCUGGCCAGGGGGGAACCCAGCCGGGACUGGAGCCGCCCCCCCGCGCCGCCGGGGGCCGUGAGCCAGGGGGGCGCGCCGGGCUGCUUCCUUCUGCCCCCAGCCCAGCAGUGCCUUAAGGAGAGCUGCUCAGCUGGGACGCCAAGCAAGUUAGCACUAUGUCAAUACUGUUCAAUGGAGCCUGUACAGGGGGGGGGGAGGCGGAGGGGGGGAGACAAUUGCACAGGGCCCGGUUUCCUUCUGGGGGGCGGGCCAAGCUGUAAAUAGGGGGCGUGGCCGUCUUGUACAUAGGGGGCGGGGGGGGGGCUGUACAGCGGAAGCUGCUGUUAUGUAUAUACAUCCUGUGGACAAUCUAGAACUUGUACAGGAGAACUUGGUGCUGCCUGUAGAUA